AUGAAAUUGCGUGGCCAGGGCGUGAAGUUGACAUCAGCCCACUUGCAGCACAAUUUGAGGAGUAUUCUAGACGGAAUCAAUUCUCUCGUCACUGAUAUAUCAGAUAAUUCUAUUGCAUCGCAAUCUCUCCACCGAGUCUCUUACUUAACACGCUUACAAGAGGAGCAAAGCAUAAACAAAACUUACGAUAACAUUAUUUCCUUGAACAAGCUUGUCGAAGACCUCACUGUCGAACAAGAAAAAUUACACUUUUAUAAAUUUCUAAUGGAAAGAUCAUUGCCCAACAUUCUCAUUACUGGGAUUCCGGGAUGCGGUAAAACUACACUAGGAACUGAACUCGCUCGUGUUAGUGGUUUGCAUUAUGUCUCGGUCAAUGAUAUUGCAAAAGAAGGUGACUUAUAUGACGGAUAUGAUGACGCAAAUGACUGCCAUGUUCUUGAUGAAGAUCGAGUAGUUGACGAAAUUGAGCCGCUGAUGCAGGAGGGUGGACAGAUUCUUGAUUAUCAUUCCUGUGAUUUCUUCCCCGAACGUUGGUUUGAUGCAGUCUUUGUACUUCGCACUGACAAUCAGAUACUUUACCCGAGACUGAGCUCUCGUGGUUAUAGGGAAAAGAAGAUCCAGGAUUUGAUUCAUUGUGAAAUCGUGCAGGUUGCUCUGGAUGAAGCCCGUGAAUCCUAUGAUACAGAAAUUGUUCAUGAAUUGCAGAGCAAUGUUAUGGACGACCUAAAUGAGAAUGUGAACAGAAUUGUUGCCUGGAUUGAAUUGUGGAAAAAAGAUCAUGAUAAGUAA